UCAUCUCAACUUCGACUUGUCUUUCUUCACAUAUCUGCUCUUCUCUCUCUCUCUCUUGCUCUCUCUAGUUCUUCAUUUUCUCCACCAAGCCAUAAUGAAUAAUAAUAAAGUGUUAUAGCAAUACCUAUUGAAAUUGAAAGUAGCAACAAGCAAGAGAAAACAAACCUCAAAGCUUGUCAUAUAUAUUUUUUUUUGUUUGGUGGUGGUUUUUGUGUUCCGAUGGGAAACGGCAUAGGGAAGCUAACGGUGUGCUUCACCGGAAACGGUGGAGGGGGUCGUCGGAAGCAGGAUAUAUCCUUUUUAAUAACGGAGCCGUUAGACGAGGGCUUGGGUCACUCUUUCUGUUACGUUCGACCCGACCCGACCCGGAUUUCGUCGUCGAAGGUGCACUCGGAGGAAACGACGACGUUCAGAACAAUCUCGGGCGCGUCGGUGAGUGCGAACACGUCAACGCCGUUAUCGACGGCGUUUGUGGAUUUGUACUCGUACAGUUGCAUCGACAGAGCCGCGGCGUUUGAGAGUUCAACUUCCUUCGCGGCGUUGCCUCUUCAGCCGAUUCCGAGGAACCUCGUGAACUCGGGCCCGUUCUCGGGGAACCUGAACGGUGGUGGGUUUCCGGGCUCGGGCCCGCUGGAAAGAGGGUUCAUGUCGGGCCCAAUCGAGCGCGGGUUCAUGUCGGGGCCCAUCGACCGCGGACUUUUUUCGGGCCCGAUGGAGAGGGAGGGGAACGGAAUCGGAAACGGAUCGGAUCAAUUUCAGAGAAGCUUCUCUCACGGAGGGUUGGGAUUAGGGUUAGGUAUGAGAGUGAGAACGAGGAAGGGUAGGUGGAUUCGCGUUUUGCAGAGGGCAAUUUCGAAGACUCUGUCUCGGGGGCAGAGUUCGAUUGUAGCUCCGAUCAAGGGCGUGGUGAUGAAGGAGCCGGAGUGGAUGGUGAUGGCGGCGGCGGAGAAGCAUAAUGAGAAUCUGAGCGUGAAUCUGAGCAGUGAGGGGAGUUUGGAGGAUGAUGAUUCGAUGGAGAGUCAGAAUCUUCAAUGGGCGCAGGGGAAAGCAGGGGAAGAUCGCGUUCAUGUUGUGGUGUCUGAGGAACACGGUUGGGUUUUCGUGGGGAUCUAUGAUGGUUUCAGUGGACCUGAUGCACCUGAUUACCUUCUCUCCAAUCUCUACACCGCGGUGCAUAAGGAGCUUAAAGGGUUGUUGUGGGAUGAUCGGUCUGCACCCGAAAAUUCGAUGCCGAAAGAGGACAUGUUGCGAGAUGUUACAACUGAUGUUGCAGAUUUUACGGUUGCUGAUGAAGAUGAUGCUUGUUCUCACUGUGUUGAGCAAGAUAAUAAUGAUAAUAAUAGUAAGAGUGGUAAUAAGAGAGGUAGGAAUUCGAGGAACAAGUUCCAGGGUGCUGCAAAGAAAUGGGAGGAGAAUCAACGGAGGUGGAAGUGUGAGUGGGAUAGGGAAAGAUUAGAGCUUGAUCGGAGAUUGAAGGAGCAAUUAAAUUUAAGUCGAUCUGGGUCAGGUGGAGCAGCGAGUUCUAUUAAUCAUUCGGAUGUUUUGGAAGCUCUAUCUCGGGCUUUGAGGAAGACUGAGGAGUCUUAUCUUGAUGUCGCGGAUAAGAUGUUGAUGGAGAAUCCUGAAUUGGCUUUGAUGGGUUCUUGUGUUCUUGUGAUGUUGAUGAAGGGGGAGGAUGUUUAUGUGAUGAAUGUGGGGGAUAGUCGCGCCGUGCUGGCUCAGAAGGUUGAGCCUGAUUACUGGCUUGGGAAGAUCAGGCAGGACUUGGAGAGGAUCAAUGAGGAGACAAUGAAUGACCUUGAAUCUUGGGAUGUUGAUACCUCCAACUUGGUUCCGAGUUUGAGCGCGAUUCAGCUUACCAAGGAUCAUAGUACUAGUGUUGAGGAAGAAAUCCAGAAAAUUAAAAAAGAUCACCCGGAUGAUCCUUUUGCUGUUGUAAAUGACCGUGUUAAGGGUUCUCUCAAGGUUACCCGAGCAUUUGGUGCCGGAUUUCUCAAACAGCCAAAGUGGAACAACGCACUUUUGGAGAUGUUUAGAAUAGACUACGUAGGAAACUCUCCUUACAUAAGCUGCCUACCAUAUCUAAAACAUCACAGAUUAGGUCCAAAGGACAAAUUUUUGAUACUAUGCUCCGAUGGGCUCUACCAGUACUUGUCAAAUGAAGAGGCAGUGGCUGAAGUUGAGCUUUUCAUCACAUUGCAACCUGAGGGAGACCCGGCUCAACAUUUGGUUGAAGAAGUGUUGUUUCGUGCUGCAAAGAAAGCUGGUUUGGACUUUCACGAGUUGCUCGAAAUUCCACAGGGUGAUCGGCGACGUUACCAUGAUGAUGUUUCCAUCAUUGUUAUUUCUUUGGAGGGAAGGAUAUGGAGAUCAUGUGUAUAAAUAAGUAUACAGAAAACCAUAUAUAUUAUCAUAUAUAUAUAUAAAAAAAAAAGAAGGAAAAGGAUAUGAGAUAUAUAUAUAGUGCCGAAGAUGGGUGAGGCAUCCUUUUUGCUGUUUUCCCCCCUCCAUACUCACCUUUGGUAAAACACCAACUAAGAAGCCCUGGGUUAGUUGUGCAAUUAAGUGGGUGGUGAGGAUUGUAAAGUUGUAAAACCUGGAUUUUGUUGAUUAUAACUCGCAUAAAAUUGUAAUUUUUGUAAUAAAAGUCAUUCCUUAAAAAUCUUUUGGUCGUGCAGAAAGCACUAGCACCCUCCAUCACUUUGUGCAACUCUGGUUGGCAAAAUGGCAGGGUUAGUCAUCUGUGCAUGAUGCAUCUUUUUUCCAUUCAAAAUAACAAUUAAAAAAAUACAACAUAUUUCAAAAUGCCUA